AUAUGUUUAACAGAGCUUUAGGCCGCUCCUUUAGGAGGUAUUCCACCAUGACUGAUCCGAAUAAAUUCAUUGUUCCUGGAAAAGGCGUUGCUAAUAUUUUGGUACAGGAAUCUAACGAUGUGUUGUUGAAUUUAGCGACUGAGGAAUAUCUAUAUGAGCAUUGUGAGAUUGAUAACCCGGUUAUGUUCUUGUGGAGAAACCAGAGAUGUGUUAUUAUUGGGAAACAUCAAAAUCCGUGGAAGGAGCUAGCUGUUGAGAAGGUUAAUAAUGAUGAUGAUAUCGUACUUGCGAGAAGAAAGUCAGGUGGUGGCUGUGUGUAUCAAGAUUUAGGAAAUGCUGUAUUUUCAUUCUUUACUCCAGUCAAAGACUUCCAGACCUCUGAUUAUAAAACUAAGAACAAUGAGAUUUUGAUUAAAUCUCUUGAAGCUUGUGGUAUUUAUGGAGCUGAAGCUAGUGGAAGAAAUGAUAUGGUAAUUGGAGACAGAAAAAUCUCAGGAUCUGCUUAUAAAAUAAACCUUGGAAAGGCAGAUGGAAGUGGAAAGAAGGCUCUCCAUCAUGGAACUAUGCUUGUUGACGUAGAUUUCUCAUUCUUGAAUGAUUAUCUAACUCCUAGUAAGAAGAAACUAGAAAGCAAAGGUGUGAAUUCUGUCAGAUCUAGAGUAAUGAACUUAUCAGAGGUUAACCCAAAUAUUACCUAUGAUAUGUGGAUGGAAUCCAUGAUCAAUGAAUUUCAUAAUAAACAUGAAGAUAAAGACGUCUUCACAAAGGUGAUUCCUGAAGAGCAAAUCAGACAAGUUGACAAGAUCAUGGAGAUCUAUGAAGGACUUAACAAAUGGGAAUGGAAGUAUGGCACUACUCCUGACUUCACCCAUUCUAUUGAGCACAAGUUCACCUGGGCUUUAAUGGAUAUUAACUUCCAUGUCAGGAAGGGUCUGAUCAAUUCAGGCAAGGUUUAUAGUGACUGUCUAUAUCCAGAAUUCAUUGAUAAAAUAAACGGAGUUUUAGAAAGCCCAAAAGAUAAGGUUCCUUAUGAUAAAACAGGAAUUAGACAAUUCUGUAACAUUCUAAGAGAAGAGUUAAAAGAAGAUGAAUACUAUAAUGAUAUCUAUCAGCACAAUAUUGAUGAAAUUGAGGAACUCUUAGUGAAAGAAAUAUAACUUCUGGUCUAUAAUAUUCAAUAUUAAA